AUGCUAUCAUUCAGUACCAUGGAGCUUGCAGGUCGACGGUGCGGACGGCGGCGAGGUGCUGGUCCCUUUGGUUUUGGCCUGAGCGACACCUCGGCUUUUGUCGACGCACCAAUCGACGGGGCAUUCACACCCGAGGCAAUCGAAUCUGAAGUCGUGGCAGUGUCAGUGACGGUGACCAACUCAAGUUCCGCUGCUGGCUCCGAGACCGUUCAGGUGGACCACGUACCGCCGGCCGAAGGUGUUGUAACCAGACGGUCGCUUAAGGCUCUCGUCUCGUUUGAGCAAGCUGCACCUGCAGCCCGGCUAGCCGAAGUACGCGCAGCUGACGUUUGCGUGCGACGAUUCCGCCUACUGGAUCGAGGGCAAGGCAUAGCAUAUUGA